AUGACUGUCCGGAGGUUCACACGUCUAGCCAUAGUGGCGGCCGUUUUCCUCAUCACCUACCUUUUACUGAGCCAAACCGAUCUCGUGUACAUUUACCAAGGCGAGGAAUGGCGAGCAUGGAAGUACAUACCGAGCAGUUUUGACUGGCGGAAUCGACCCCCAACGCACCCGGUCGACGAGGCUACAAUGGUCCGGCUGCCAGAGGGAGAGCCUCGUCAACUGCCUCGGAUUCAACACCAGUUUUCAAAAGAUGAACUGAGCAAGUCUCAUAACGAGACCCAGAGGGCGCGCCGAGAAGCCGUCAAGAACGUUGCCAAGAGGUCGUGGAGGACUUACCGCGAUUACGCCUGGGGUCGUGAUGAGGUUGCUCCUCAGAGCCUAGUCGGGCAGGACACCUUUGCCGGGUGGGGGGCAACGUUGGUGGACUCGUUGGAUACGCUCUGGAUCAUGGGAAUGAAGAAGGACUUUGGAGACGCCGUCCGGCACAUCGCCACAAUCGACUGGAACAACGCAACAUCCUGGCAUUGCAGUCUCUUCGAGACCAACAUCAGGUACCUGGGCGGUCUGCUCUCGGCUUACGACCUAAGUCAGGAGAAAAUCCUUCUUAACAAGGCCAUCGAGCUGGGGGAUAUGCUCCACGCGGCGUUCGACACGCCCAACCAUAUGCCCGCCAACAGUUUCCACUUCCAAACAGCAAAGGAGGGCAAGCUGGUAGCUAGCAAACACGAAGCCACCGCGGCGGUUGGAUCCCUAUCGUUGGAGUUCACUCGGCUCUCCCAACUUACAGGCGACUCCAAAUACUACCACGCCAUCGACGGCAUCAAGAAGGAGCUCGAGAGGACGCAGGACACGACCAGCCUCCCCGGCAUGUGGCCCAUCUUCGUCGACCUCCAAAACAACUUCUUCACCUCGGGCACCUCCUUCUCCCUCGGCAACUCCGCCGACUCUGCCUACGAAUACCUCUCCAAAAUGCACGCCCUCCUUGGCGGCCUCGACCCUGCGUACGAGAAAAUGCACACCAAAGCCAUGGCCACCGCAGCCAAGCACAUCCUCUUCCGCCCCAUGGUCCCCGACGGCGCCCCGGACGUCCUCUUCCCGGGCACGGUGCUCUCCAACGGGCGGAUCGUCGAGCUGUCGCCCGAGAUCCAGCACCUAGGCUGCUUCGCCGGCGGCAUGUUUGCCCUCGGCGGCCGGCUCUUCGGAGACGAAUCCCACGUCGCCAUCGGCGACCGCCUCGCGCGCGGCUGCGCCUGGGCCUACUCGGCCUUCCCAACGGGUGUCAUGCCCGAAACCGCCGAGCUGAUCCCGUGCCAGCCCACCCAAGACAGCAAAAACACUGACGACAAACCCAACCCCAUCCCCAAAGACAAACCCCGAGACAACCCCCAAGACAACCUGGCCCCCUGCCCCUGGGACGAAGCCCGCUGGCACACCACCACCGGCGCGCGCGCGCAAAGCCAGCAGCUCCCACCCGGGUUCGCCGGGCUGGGCGACGCGAAGUACCUGCUGCGGCCGGAGGCGAUCGAGAGCGUGUUUGUGCUGUACCGGGCAACCGGCCGGCCCGACCUGCUGGACGUGGCGUGGCAGAUGUUUGAGUCGAUCCGCACGGCUACACAGACGCGGCUUGCGCACUCGGCGAUUAGCGAUGUGCGUGUGAAGGCGGGGGCGGGGGCGGGGGCAGGGGAAGGGGAAGAGGGAGGGGCGGAGGAGGGGGGGGUGUUGGAUUCGAUGGAGAGCUUCUGGAUUGCUGAGACGCUCAAGUACUUCUACCUCAUCUUCUCGGAGCCGGAGCUCAUUAGUUUGGACGACUACGUGUUUAAUACGGAGGCGCACCCGUUCAGGUUGCCGAAGCCGAAGGCGGAGGAGGUCGAAUAA